AUGUCCAAAUACCUCGCCCCUGAAGACUUAAUCUUCUUGAUCCGAUAUGACCGCGCGAAAGUGAACCGGCUACGCACGUACCUGAGUUGGAAAGACGUGCGAAAGAAUGCCAAGGAAAGUGGCGGCGACUCAGCCGGUACAGGCGGCGGUGGCGCCGGUGCGGGUGACGGGGGCGAUGGCAUUGACGAGGCCGGCGAAGACACACCGCUUCGAGUAAACAAGCGCAAGAUGCGUUUGCCAUGGGAUCUCGGCUCCAUCUUCUCUGAGUUCCCACGCGUAUCAGGCCAAGCGGUCGAGGAUGCAGAAGAUGAUGACGACGACGCGAAUGAGACGAACGAAGACUCGAUUCGCCGGCUGAAGGCAGCCGAUGAAACGACGCGGCGCAUGACACGUGAAGAAUACGUCUACUAUUCCGAGUGUCGACAGGCAUCAUUUACAUUCCGCAAAGCGAAGCGAUUCCGCGAAUUCAUCCAUGCAAAUCUGUAUUUGGACGUAAAGCCCAGCGAUGAUACCAUUGAUAUUCUUGGCUUCUUAGCAUUCGAAGUUGUGCAUGAGCUAUGUACACGAGCGAUGCGCAUUAAGCGCGAUUGGGAACAGCGCGCAAAAACGCUCCGUACUCGACGGAAUGCCAAAGCGACAGAUCCAUCGUUUUCAUCAUCACCGCUGUCGUCAGAAGAUCAUGAACACCAGGAGGCUUGUACGCUUUUCCGCUUACCAGCUGACUCCGAACCGCCUUUGGAGGCUUGGCACAUUCACGAGGCCUUCACGGAGCUCCAGUCCAAACAUUCCUUUGUAGAUACAGGACGAGGCGCCGCCGGUCCAGCCGGCGGACUCCGUCGUACGCAGGUAUUUGUUAUUUAG